AUGGCCACAACCCCCGCUUGUUUCCCAUCCUUCCGCCUAUGGGCACGUUUCCAGGCUCGAUACGGCUUCUGCUUGCGGGUGUGCGCCUCCUGCUUCAACGUCGAACCCCGCCCAUUGCCCCAAGGACCCCAUCCACAAUCUCAAGCCGUCCACAACCCGUCCGGACACAAGGUGGGCGAGGCCAAGUUCGUGCCUGGCAACCUGCCAAACCUGACCAACCUGGACACCGCCUGGCCAAUGAUUUGCACAUGGGCUCCGUCGACAUGGCCCCUGGCCCUCCUCCGUGAUGGACGGAAAUGGGACCGCAGUGGCUCUAGCAUCAAUAUGGGAUCAUGA